UCCACGUCCACGCCACAAACAACGACUACUUGCUUCACCCUAGCUAUUGCUAAUAACAUGCUAAUAUUCCACCUUUCCUCCCACUUACUAGAUAGUCAACUACCUACAACUACUACUGACUACCAAACCACUACUAUUUCUACUACUACUACUACUCGAUAGUUGAUUACAUACAUUCAAAAAUUCAGAAUUUAUAAAGAGUUUGCCAUUUUUUGCGGACGCUUAAGCUAAACCUGCGUUGCGUUGGGUCCACUUUUUUAAAUUCAAACCACUACUCACUCACCAACUACUCAGCCAAGUCGAAUUGGCAUUGCGGUGGUCUCCAUCGGUGCGUCUAUUUCAUUAAUAUUUCCACAACGGCCCACAUUGUUAAUACCUACCAACCAAACGACCAGACCACUGAUCAAUAAAUAACUACCAAAAGAAGAGUGAAGUAACCCUAAUAAUAAAAGUGGUGGUGGUAACAGUCGCCCCCGAAGGGAUUACAUACACACAUUUCAACAACCUAUUCCUCAUCGGUACCGAGAUUAUCUAUAAACGCCAAGUCGGCCCUAUGAAACUUUUCAUUUUAAGAGUGACUCUACUUGACUGAGUAAAAAAUGGUGUCUGAUAAAUACUUUUAGUAGCUGUGUGUCUGUGUAAAUAUGCAUAUCGAAAACGAAUUUCAUAAGAAUUUUAUUUUACACUCGGUGCGAGUGGGAUGUGAUUGAGUGGACUUUACACUACUUAAAAGUUGUUUAGAUAGGUGGCUGUGUAUUUAAAUGGGUGUAAUUUAAAUCCAGUUUUCUAUUUUAAGUUUACCCAGUAAGUUAUGCAAGGUUGGGGUGCAUACUUCAUAAAAAGUUGAACCUGAUCAAUAACAAUGCGAGGAAAUCUGCAUAGUAGUGAUGACAUCUCAUUAAAUAAAAUUCCAGAGGAAUGUGCAUGUCCAGAUAUUAAUUGAAAUUGACAUCUGCUAGUUACGAUUAAAUCAUACUUACAUUUUUUUAUGGAACAAUAGAAAAAGUGAUGAAGCAAAGUUGGCUUUCAUGCGAAAAGUGCAUUUCGUGAGGUUAGUGUGUAACAAUAAAUAAGUGAAGAGUUGACCAUUAUAAAUGGAACUCUGCCCUUGCACUAGAAAUAUUUGACACGUGAACUGAACGCCAAAUCAAAGAGAACAUGCAACCUGCUACAUAAUAGAUCUGUAAUUGAAGGUCUGCUUGCUGGUUCAGAAAUUGAAUUACCUGAAAUAAUUUCGUAAAUAAGUGAAUUUCACAAGCUGUGGGUAACGAGUGGGAAUAAAUGUGAGACGCUGUUGAGGAGUUCAUUUACUAAUCAGUAUCACUGCCGUGUUUGAGACCAAGAAAUUGCAAAUUUUUCAGUGUUGUGAAAUAAAUUUUGGGAAAAAUGUUUGAAAAUCAUUUCGGCUGGUUGGACUGGGUGGUGGUGGGAGGAACUUUACUGAUCUCGCUACUCAUCGGGAUUUAUUAUGCGAUUCGGUCAAAAAAUUCGAACGAAGACUUACUCGUGGGGGGCAGGAAGAUGAGAAUCCUUCCAGUGGCAGCGUCCGUAAUGGUUACGUACGUCAGUGCCAUCACAGUUUUAGGUUUUCCUGCUGAGGUGUAUUCCUUUGGCGGACAGAUUUUCAUGAUCCACGCCGUUUCCGCGAUUGCCUUCCCCCUCAGUGCGUUUUUAUUCAUUCCAUUCUUCUACAGGAUGAAACUUACCAGUAUUAACGAGUACUUGGAACAACGCUUUGAUUCCAAAUGGGUACGCUGGUUAGCGUCUGCUACAUUUAUUUUGCAGCAGACGACGCUGUCCGGCGUUAUUUUAUAUGCACCUAGUAUCGCUCUCGAAGCGUUUCUAGGAUUUCCAGUGUGGUUGAGCAUUCUUGGAAUUGGAAUUUGCGGAACUAUUUACACAUCAAUUGGAGGAUUAAAGGCGGUCGUGGUCACGGACGCUUUCCAGUUUCUAAUGAUGGUGGCUGGAAUGGUGGCGAUUGUUUGGAAAGGGGUCACAUCCUCGGGGGGAAUAUCGAAUGCUUUUCAAGUCGCGUCAGAAUAUGGACGACUGAAUUUUAUCGACUUGACCUUUGACCCCUUUAUGAGACAUAAUUUGUGGAAUUUCAUAAUUGGCUCAGGAUUCUACGCCUUGAUGCAACCAGCAGUGCAUCAACUUCAAGUCCAGCGAUACAGCAGCAUGCCUUCAAUAUCGCAUGCAAGAAAAGCAAUUAUCUACAGUGUCCCCUUGAAAUUGACCGUGAUGCUGAUGUGCCUUCUCACCGGAAUCUCCAUCUUUGCCAUGUAUGCACACUGCGACCCUUUCAAACAGGGCGAAAUAAAGAAAGUGGACCAGAUUGUUCCAUAUUUUGUGGUCAAGGAGUUGGCCUCGAUUCCGGGAAUGAUUGGCUUAUUCACGGCUUGUAUCUUUAGUGCGGUACUUAGCUCAAUUUCAUCUGCCCUAAAUUCACUUUCUGCCGUAACAUGGGAAGAUUUUCUAUCUCGGAAUAAAUAUUUUAAAGAGAUGCGACCAACAUCCCAGGCAAACGUUUCCAGACUUAUCGGCCUUUUCUACGGAAUUUUGACAAUGGGUCUCGCAUUCGGAGCUCAAAAUCUGGGAGCUAUUUAUUCCGCAACCUUCGCCGCAGUGGGGGCAACGGGUGGAGCACUUUUUGGGGUCUUUUUACUCGGAAUGUUUUGUCCAUUUGCGAAUUUUGUGGGCGCAAUUGCCGGCAUGCUAACCGGACUCGGUACCAUGAUCGUCAUCAGUGUGACCGCAUUCAUUCAUAAAAUUGACUUAAUCCCACUCCCAACUUUUGUGGAUCAGUGUCCCAUCGUGGACGCGUUGACGGGGGGUGAUGGCAAUUCGACCGAUUUGGACUUCGCCACGACUACUUUCGAAACACCAACAACGAUGCUUAUCGAUAUAAUGGCCGAAGAUAAGUACGAAUUGCACAAAAUUUUCAAACUGUCCUAUCUCCUCUACUCCGUCGUGGCUGCUGGACUUACAAUCGGCGUUGGGAUAAUUGUGUCACUAUUGGCCUUGAUCUGCGUGAAAUCGACGAGAAAAUUCCCCAGGAAAAAAUAUCUGCAUCCAAUCGUACAAAAAAUGUGUGGCGUUUGUUCAAAUUCUCCGAAAGAAGGGGUUCUAACGACGAGCAGUAUAAUACACAUGGAUCCCGUCCAGUUUAAAAUACAGGCUUCUGCUGCUGUCUACAAUGGUCACAGCAAAAAUGGUCACAACAAUCCCCAACAAAAAAGGAAACAUAGUUCAGAUCAUGGGAAAUCAGUUUCCAAUAAUAAUUUCAAAAAUGGGGCGACCAAUAAAGGAUACGAUGCUUCAUCAGAACUUUGAGUUACUAAAGAAUGUACAAAUCUUUAAAUAAAUUUUAAAAAACAGAUUAUUUUAUAUUAAAUAAUUUUAUCAAUAAAAUUGAAACUGAUGGAUCUCAUGUGGAAUGUAUUGUAGUGGAAAAAAAUGUGAGAAAAAAUCAUGAAAAAAUAUAAAAUAUGAAUAAAUCAAUGCAGAAUAUUCACGCAGUUUCAAUCUAAAAAAAAAUUACAAAUGAGAGGUCAAUUUCUAAGAUUUUUUACAAGGGGGAUAAAACCACACUGCUUUUUGAAACUGAUUAAAAAGCUGAAAAUCUGUAUCAACGUGCAAGAACGUCAGAUUAAAGAUAAUAUUAAGUCAAACUUUAAUACUUUUAGUAAAUGGACCCAGCAGGCUGACCCAUAGUGGUUUUUGAAAUUGGUCAAAAAAGCUGGAAUUUUGCAUGUUGGAAUAUGGAAAUAUUUUUGACGAUUACGAAAUUUAGAAGCCGACCUUGACCCUGUGGGUUUUCAUCUUCAAACUCGGUCGUAGCAUUGCCCAAUAAAUCGGUAUUAACUAUAAUAUCAUGCAUGAGAAAAGACUUAUUCGUCAUAUUCUAAUGCUAAUUA